AUGCGUCCCACCACCAGCCUUUGGACAGCUGUCCUUCUCGCAUCUUCAGCCCUCGCCCAAAGCCAAAGCCAAUGCGUCACCAACUGCGAGACAUCUCAUCUCGAAAGCUCAGCAUGCCAGGGCGAUGAGACUGGCCAGGCACUCGCAGACUGCACCUGCGCGUCUUUCCAGGGCCCGAAAGAUCCUAUGAUUGUCUGCAUUAAAGCGUGUCCUGCGGCCGAUGUCGCCGCAUUCGCUGCCGGCAUUCCAACUGAAUGUCGGGGUAAGCUGUUUCCCGAAAUCAGUGCCGUGUCCAGCAGCGGCACAGCCAGCCAAACCCAGACGGAGAUCUCGUCCUCCGCUGCCACUACCAGUUCAUCUGCGAUGGGCUCCAAAACCACUGUUACUACAGCCACCGGUCCUACUACUGCGGCUGCCGCGUCGUCCACGCACACUGGGCUUGCGGCCAUGAACCAGCCAGCGGGAAUGGUCAUGGCCAUUGGUGUGCUGGCGGCAUUUGCGAUUUGA